ACUCAAACACAGAGAGAAACAAGAGAGAGAGAAAAAGAUAAAAUUUUCAAUAUAUUUUUUAAUGUAUAACCUGAUAUAGUAGCUGAGAGAUGAGCAGAGUGUGGAAGGGGACACACUACAGAAAGAAGAAACAAACAGCAGAGUAGGGUUUUAAUCUCUUUCUCAAUUUCACUCUCUAAUCUAAUCAAUCACAACUAACCCCAACCCUUGUUCAAAUUACACCUUUCAUUUUUCACCCUAACUUCCCUUCAACCCUUCACUCUCAAACCCUAACUUCAAACUUCACCACCAUGCUUCCCCCAUUUCACUAGCUCAUUUCUCUACUCACAUGCAUCAUCGCAACUGUUUCAGAGGAGAUUAGGUAUGGAAGAAGGGACUGACCGUGGGAUUCUCCUCUCUUGUGCGAUUUGUGGAACGCUCUUUUCUGUUUUGGGUUUCUCUUCCUUCUCCAUACUUUGGGCUGUUAACUGGAGACCCUGGCGAAUUUAUAGCUGGAUCUUUGCUCGAAAGUGGCCAAAUAUCUUGCAAGGUCCUCAACUCCAUUUACUCUGUGGUUUUCUGAAUCUUUCAGCAUGGUUUGUUGUAGUUUCUCCAAUUAUCAUGCUUAUCAUUUGGGGAUCCUGGUUGGUUGUAAUAUUGGAUCGACACCUGAUUGGUUUGGCUGUAAUUAUGGCCGGAACAGCUCUCUUAUUGGCAUUUUAUUCAAUUAUGCUGUGGUGGAGAACCCAGUGGCAAAGUUCAAGUGCUGUUGCAAUUCUGCUUCUUCUGGCUGUUGCUCUCCUUUGUGCAUAUGAGCUUUGUGCAGUAUAUGUUACAACGGGAUCACGGGCGUCUGACCGAUAUUCUCCUUCUGGUUUCUUUUUUGGAGUUUCAGCAAUUGCUUUAGCAAUCAACAUGCUAUUUAUUUGCAGAAUGGUAUUUAAUGGAAAUGGCCUUGAUGUGGAUGAAUAUGUGCGAAAGGCUUACAAAUUUGCUUAUUCUGAGGGUGUUGAGGUGGGUCCUGUAGCAUGUUUACCCGAACCACCAGACCCAAAUGAAUUAUAUCCUCGGCAAUCUAGAAGGGCUUCCCAUCUCGUUCUUCUCUAUCUUGGCUCAUUAUCUGUUCUGUUAGUUUACUCCAUCUUGUAUGGUCUAACGGCAAAGGAGGAAAAAUGGCUGGGUGCAAUCACAUCUGUUGCUGUUAUUAUUCUUGACUGGAAUAUGGGAGCUUGCCUGUAUGGUUUUCAACUUCUUAAUAGUCGUGUUGCCGUAUUGUUCAUUGCUGGAACAUCACGGGUGUUUCUUAUUUGUUUUGGAGUGCAAUACUGGUAUUUGGGGCACUGUAUCAGUUAUGCUGUUAUGGCUUCUGUACUUUUAGGAGCUGCUGUUUCUCGCCAUUUAUCGGUUACAAAUCCAUUAGCUGCAAGGAGAGAUGCCUUACAAAGCACUGUAGUUCGCCUGAGAGAAGGCUUUCACAGAAAAGAGCAUAACAGUUCAUCUAGCUUUUCUGAAGGCUGUGGCUCAAGUAUGAAACGGAGCAGUAGUGUUGAAGCUGGCAAUCUUGGAAAUGUCAUUGAAGCUAGCAGGGGUCUGGCUGCUGGUGAUGGGAGCAAUUGGAAUAAUGUCAUGUCUCAAACUGCUAGUUUACCGGACGGAGUCAAUAGUGACAAAAGCAUAGAUAGCGGAAGAUCAAGUAUAGCGUUACACUUACACAGCAGCUCCUGUCGCUCAGCUGUUCAUGAGCCUGAAGUUGGAACAUCAUCUGAUGAUAGAAAUUUGAAUCACAAUAAUUCCUUGGUUGUUUGCUCUAGUAGUGGCCUUGAUAGUCAAGGGAAUGACUCUAGUACAUCUACCUCGGCAAAUCACCAACCGUUGGAUUUGAAUUUGGCUCUUGCAUUCCAAGAAAGGUUGAAUGACCCUAGGAUUGCUACUAUGCUGAAAAGAAGGACAAGACAAGGUGAUCGUGAACUGAGUAGUUUAUUACAGGAUAAAGGCUUGGAUCCAAAUUUUGCUAUGAUGCUAAAAGAGAAAAGUUUAGAGUUAGAUCCAACUAUCCUCGCAUUAUUGCAAAGAGGUAGCCUAGAUGCAGAUAGAGAUCAUCCUGAAAAUACCGAUAACACCAGUGUUGACAAUGCUGCGCCUAAUCAGAUUUCAUUAUCUGAAGAACUGCGGCUACAUGGGCUUGAAAAAUGGCUUCAGUUAUGCAGGCUUAUAUUGCAUCACAUUACGGGUACUCCAGAACGAGCGUGGGUUCUGUUUAGCUUUAUUUUCAUACUGGAAACCAUCACUGUUGGUGUAUUUCGCCCAAAAACAAUCAAAAUCGUUAAUGCAACACACCAGCAGUUUGAGUUUGGCUUAGCAGUGCUAUUGCUGUCUCCCGUGAUAUGCUCUAUUAUGGCUUUCCUUCGAUCACUUGCGGUGGAAGAAUUGGCCAUGACAUCAAAACCAAGGAAGUAUGGUGUCAUUGCUUGGCUGCUUAGCACUUGUGUUGGACUGUUGCUCUCCUUUUUAAGCAAAUCAUCUGUUCUCCUUGGAUUGUCCUUGACCGUGCCUCUAAUGGUUGCGUGCCUUUCUUUUGCCAUUCCUAUAUGGAUUUGUAAUGGUUACCAAUUUUGGGUUCCCCGUAUAAAUUGUAAUGACAGUGCUGGAAAUGAUCGUAUUCCUCGUACAAAGGGUAUAGUUCUCAUUAUUUGUAUGUCAGUAUUUGUUGGAUCUGUACUGGCUCUGGGAGCAAUAGUUUCUGCAAAACCCUUAGAUGACUUGAGAUACAAGGGAUGGAAUAAUCAGAAAAAUUCGGUCUCCCCUUACACAUCAUCUGUUUUUCUUGGCUGGGCAAUGGCAUCCGCCAUUGGUUUAGUUGUUACUAGCGUACUUCCAAUAAUUUCAUGGUUUGCAACCUAUCGGUUCUCCCCGUCUUCUGCUAUACUUAUGGGAAUAUUUUCUGUUAUCCUUGUAGCAUUUUGUGGAGUGUCUUAUUUAGAAGUUAUCAAAUCUAGGGACGACCAAGUUCCAACAAAUGGUGAUUUUUUAGCUGCUUUGCUUCCAUUAGUCUGCAUUCCAGCAAUACUCUCCCUUUGCUGCGGAUUGCUUAAAUGGAAGGAUGAUGAUUGGAAACUUUCUCGAGGUGUAUAUAUUUUUGUUAUAAUUGGUCUUUUGCUUCUGUUUGGUGCUAUUUCAGCUGUAAUAGUUGUCAUCAACCCUUGGACGAUAGGGGUAGCAUUUCUUUUGGUCCUUCUCCUAAUGGUAUUAGCAAUUGGUGCAAUUCACCACUGGGCGUCAAACAAUUUUUAUUUGAGCCGGAUACAGAUGGUGUUUGUUUGCUUCCUUGCUUUUCUGUUGGCUUUGGCAGCAUUUCUUGUUGGAUGGUUUGAAGGUAGACCAUUUGUUGGAGCUUCGGUUGGGUAUUUUUUAUUUCUUUUUCUUCUUGCUGGAAGAGCAUUGACAGUUCUCCUUUCAUAUCCGAUUGUGGUUUAUUCUCCCCGAGUUUUGCCGGUGUAUGUGUAUGAUGCUCAUGCAGAUUGUGGAAAGAAUGUCAGUAUUGCCUUUCUCAUGCUGUAUGGGAUUGCCUUGGCAACUGAAGGCUGGGGGGUUGUUGCCAGUUUAAAGAUUUAUCCACCCUUCGCUGGUGCAGCUGUAUCAGCAGUAACACUUGUUGUUUCAUUUGGGUUUGCUGUUUCACGUCCUUGCCUAACUCUAAAGAUGAUGGAAGAUGCUGUACAUUUUCUCAGCAAGGAAACCGUUGUUCAAGCAAUUGCUAGAUCGGCAACAAAGACCAGAAAUGCAAUAUCAGGAACUUACUCAGCACCCCAGAGGUCGGCUAGUUCUGCAGCCCUUUUGAUUGGAGACCCCACCGUUAUGCUAGAUAGGGCAGGGAAUUUCGUGCUUCCUAGAGCUGAUGUCAUGAAAUUGAGAGACCGUUUGAGAAAUGAAGAAUUAGUUGCGGGUUCAUUAUUUAGCCGUUUAAAAUAUGCAAGGACAUUUUGCCAUGAGCCAACCAAUGAUGUUGAUCACAGAAGAGUAAUGUGUGCCCAUGCACGGAUUCUGGCUUUAGAAGAGGCUAUUGAUACUGAAUGGGUCUACAUGUGGGACAAGUUUGGUGGUUACUUACUUUUGUUGCUUGGUUUGACAUCUAAGGCCGAACGAGCACAGGAUGAAGUUCGUUUGAGACUCUUUCUUGACAGCAUUGGAUUUUCUGACUUAAGUGCUAAGAAAAUAAAAAAGUGGAUGCCAGAAGAUCGCAGGCAAUUUGAAAUCAUUCAGGAGAGUUACAUAAGAGAAAAGGAGAUGGAAGAGGAAAUCUUCAUGCAGAGGCGUGAAGAGGAGGGUAGAGGGAAGGAAAGGAGGAAGGCUCUACUUGAAAAAGAGGAACGCAAAUGGAAGGAGUUAGAAGCUUCACUGCUCUCCUCCAUUCCUAAUGCUAGCGGCAGAGAGGCUGCAGCGAUGGCAGCGGCGGUGCGCGCAGUUGGAGGUGAUUCUGUUUUAGAUGAUUCUUUUGCUCGAGAGAGGGUUUCAAGCAUUGCACGGAGAAUACGUGCCUCACAAUUAGAACGUCGUGCACUUAAGACUGGAGUUACAGGUGCUAUAUGUCUCCUUGAUGACGAGCCAACUGCAAGUGGCAGGCAUUGUGGUCCAAUUGAUUCCAGUCUAUGUCAAAGUCAAAAAGUCAGCUUCUCCAUUGCUUUGAUGAUUCAACCUGAGUCUGGUCCCGUCUGUCUUUUGGGUACUGAGUUUCAGAAGAAGGUUUGCUGGGAGAUUCUUGUUGCUGGUGCUGAACAAGGCAUUGAGGCUGGACAAGUUGGUCUUCGAUUGAUUACUAAAGGUGAUAGACAAACGACAGUCGCAAAGGAGUGGAGUAUUAGUGCAACUAGUAUUGCAGAUGGAAGGUGGCAUAUUGUAACAAUGACAAUUGAUGCCGAUUUAGGGGAAGCAACAUGUUAUUUAGAUGGUGGAUUUGAUGGCUACCAGAAUGGAUUACCAUUGUGUGUGGGAAGCAGCAUUUGGGAUCAUGGGACCGAAGUUUGGGUUGGAGUUAGACCACCAACAGAUAUUGAUGCAUUUGGUAGGUCAGAUAGUGAAGGGGUUGAAUCUAAGAUGCACAUUAUGGAUGUUUUUCUCUGGGGAAGGUGCUUAUCGGAUGAUGAAGUUUCUGCCCUCUAUACCUCAGUAGCUUCGGCAGACCUCAGUGCACUUGAUUUGCCUGAAGAUAACUGGCAGUGGACUGAUUCACCCUCAAGGGUUGAUGGUUGGGACAGUGAUCCCGCAGAUGUAGAUUUGUAUGACAGAGAUGAAGUAGAUUGGGACGGACAGUAUUCUAGUGGGAGGAAAAGAAGGUCAGAACGUGAUGGCGUGGUGUUGGAAUUGGAAUCCUUUUCUAGGAAGUAUAGAAAACCUAGAACUGAAACACAACAGGAGAUUAAUCAACGGAUGCUAUCUGUAGAAUUGGCCAUCAAAGAAGCUCUUUUUGCUAGAGGAGAAUCACGUUUUACUGAUCAGGAAUUUCCUCCUAAUGAUCACUCAUUGUUCGUGGACCCUGAAGACCCCCCUGCAAAGUUACAGGUUGUUUCUGAGUGGUUGAGACCAGGGGAAAUUGCUAGACAAAACCCUGGCUGCCGUCCUUGCUUAUUUUCUGGACCUCCAAAUCCUUCAGAUGUUUGUCAGGGACGGUUGGGUGAUUGUUGGUUCUUGAGUGCUGUUGCUGUUCUGACAGAGGUUUCUCGCAUAUCAGAGGUGAUCAUCACUCAAGGAUAUAACGAGGAAGGAAUCUACACUGUUCGCUUUUGUGUUCAGGGUGAGUGGAUCCCUGUUGUUGUUGAUGAUUGGAUUCCAUGUGAAUUACCGGGUAAACCAGCAUUUGCUACAAGUAAGAAGGGUUAUGAGCUUUGGGUCUCUCUAUUGGAGAAGGCAUAUGCCAAGUUGCAUGGCUCUUAUGAAGCACUAGAAGGCGGGCUUGUUCAGGAUGCUCUUGUGGAUCUCACUGGAGGUGCUGGGGAGGAAAUUGAUAUGAGGAGUGGUGAAGCUCAGCUUGACCUUGCAAGUGGUAGAUUAUGGUCUCAGUUGUUACGCUUCAAGCAAGAAGGUUUUCUCCUAGGAGCAGGAAGUCCCUCAGGCUCAGAUGUGCACAUCUCUUCUAGUGGUAUUGUACAAGGUCAUGCAUACUCAAUACUGCAGGUAAGAGAGGUGGAUGGGCAUAAACUUGUUCAGAUCCGAAAUCCAUGGGCCAAUGAAGUUGAGUGGAAUGGUCAUUGGUCUGAUUCAUCACCUGAAUGGACAGAUAGGUUAAAGCACAAGCUGAAGCAUGUUCCACAGUCAAAAGAUGGUAUAUUCUGGAUGUCGUGGCAAGAUUUUCAGAUUCAUUUUCGAUCAAUAUAUAUUUGUCGUAUCUAUCCAUCAGAGAUGCGUCAUACUGUUCAUGGUCAAUGGCGUGGUUACAGUGCUGGUGGGUGUCAGGAUUAUGAUACAUGGCAUCAAAAUCCACAGUUCAAACUGACUGCAACUGGGCAAGAUGCAUCAUAUCCAAUUCAUGUAUUCAUUACCUUAACUCAGGGUGUGGGGUUUUCAAGAACAGCGGCCGGUUUCAGAAAUUAUCAAUCCAGCCAUGAUUCACUGAUGUUCUACAUUGGAAUGAGGAUUCUCAAAACUCGUGGCCGGCGUGCUGCUUAUAACAUAUACCUACAUGAAUCAGUCGGUGGGACAGACUAUGUGAAUUCUAGAGAAAUAUCUUGUGAAAUGGUUCUGGAACCUGAGCCAAAGGGAUACACUAUAGUUCCUACCACUAUACACCCUGGGGAAGAAGCACCAUUUGUGCUUUCAGUCUUCACCAAGGCAUCAAUAACUCUUGAAGCUUUGUAGUCCCCAGGGGUGGCUACCUGUUGAUGAGUUUCUUGCUUGGGUUCUCUGGGAUCAUAUACUUGCACUGCUGAAGUCAUGCUUAAGAGCAUUCGGCCUAUGACUAUAUUUCUUAAAGGUUGAAGUUUCUUGCAUGAGUGGGCAGUCUCGCAACAUUGAGAUAUGAUUUCGUGAUGGGGAUGGUCUGGCAUUGUUUCAAAUGGCAUGCUUGGACUAUGCAUCUGCCAGCAUUGAAGAGGCACUCGGGGUGUUCAUUAUGUACAUAAAAAGUGGUACUAUAGGAGUAUACUUGUAACCAUUUAAGGAAAAAUGGGAAAAGAAAUAGCUGAAAAUAAGUAGAAGAUUACUAACAUCUUAUUCAAAUGGAGAUGAAGGAAGGGUUGGGGAAGUAUAGUUACAAGAAUUGUGUAACUUAUGUAAAUUCAGCUCUUCCGUUUUUGAUUCUUUCCAUAGAGUAUUGUACAAACAUUAACAAUUACCAUUCCCUAUCAUUUGUUGACAAUGACAUUUGGGAAGAUUUUGUACAAA